UGGUGGCACCCGUCUGCCUUCCUCGACAGGUUAUGUUUCCCACUUUCAUCGGGCUUCUAGACAUUCAAUCGUGGUGGGAGGUACCAAGUAUCGCACAUUUCUGCUCAUUAUUCAAAGCGGCCUUCAAUCUGCUGGACUUUGACAUCGAGGUAUCUAAUUAAAAAGCAAACUCGUACCAAACUACCGAAUAGAACGUAUGCUGCCUGCUCACCUAUGCCAUUGCUGACACGUGUUUUCUUAAGAAGUUAGAGCUCCGCUGAUACGUUGAUUUGGAAGAAGCACUUCUUACAGAUGGUGGUGCUGAAGGUCGUCUAUUACAGGAAUUGAUUGUCAGAUUACUUGAAGGCUGUCUACCAAAUGAUACCCGUAAUGACAUCUCCACCUUCAACUAUCAGAUGUUUCUACGACGACUCUUUAGAAAAAAGUGUCAAGAAUAUGGACGAAAUAAUCCAUUUAACACAGAUGUAGAUUUCGAACUACUUCCUCUACGCCAAAAAGUGGAGAUUUUACGCGCUCUUUGUGAUUUUAGGCUCGACGCCGAAGACGUAGAGCAUUCGUUGGAUAAUUUGGACUCGAAUAGCCUACGAGUUGAACCACUGGGUCAUGAUCGUAAAAAUUCUGUGUACUGGUACUUUUACGGCACUCGAUUGUACCGUGAAGAUUACGUUAUCGAAACAGAUUGUGACGUGUUAUCAAAACAGGAAGGGAAGUCUCCGGAUAAAAAAGGUGAGAGACGCCGCAGGAAUCGAGUGGAGCAAACGAAAAAAACGCAGGAGGACAAUGAACAAGACAGCCUAGUGUACGAAAGUACGAGCGGCGAACUUUUACUACCUGAUACAGAAACUAUCUGGCAGGUAGUCUGCUUUACCCACCAAGACUGGAGUCGUCUAGUGGAUAAAUUUAAAAAUUCGGACAACAACUCUGAACAAAAGUUAUACCGUACGUUAGCCGAAGACUUCAUGCCAGAAAUUCCUCGUUUAUUUGAGCUGAAGGAGAAAUAUCAGAGACACAAGUUGUUUAAGCAGAACAGUACGAGGGUACUUCGCCGACGUGAGACUGCCGAUCGAGCGGCAGUAGCCAUGGUCAGGGGCAAAGCAAAAACUAAAAUUAAGGGUACAAAACAAAGUAGGAGUCAGAGUUCUAAGAGUAUUAAAGAAGUGGUGGAAGUGUCGGUACCUUCUGCAACGGCACCCAUUCCUAGAAAGGGAAGGCAGACGAAUAAUUCUCUAGCAUCAGCUGUGGGACAAAUUGUCAUCCACACAGAAGAUGAAUUAGCAUGUUUGUCAGGAGGGAAAGUCGGAAUUCGGUGCGGGGGCGGCGUCACGAGCUAUCGCCCUUCGCACUAUGAAUAUGGAGUUGAGGAAGAAGAGCGCCAGGUCGGGAUGCAUAAAGUGUUGGAAAGUCUCAAAGAUCAUGAGGAUGCUUGGCCAUUUGUUGACCCAGUCGAUGAGGAAUAUGCCCCCAGGUUAUACUACAGUGUCGUUCGAAGGCCAAUGGACCUUACAAAAAUGGAAGAGAAACUUGAAGGUGGAUCAUACAGAAGUCUAAGCCAGUUCAAACGUGACUUUCGGUUGAUCGUCGAGAAUUGUAGACAGUACAAUGGCUCUGACAAUGAGUACACUGAAAUGGCUGUAAAUUUGAAGGAAGUAUUUGACCGUGCGGUGGACCGUUAUUUGGAUUCUGAACCGUCUAGCGAUGAAGAACCUCUGGUUCCGGUUCCUCUGCUUUUAGCAUCAUCCUGUCCACAGUCUUCGUCUAUAGCAUCACCAAAACGUAUUCCUGCGCCACAGAAUUUGCGGAAGCGGAACCGCAAGCCUGUGAAGAAAACCCAACUGACAAAAGUAGAUAAAACAGCGCACGAUAAUGACACGAGUUUGGAUGUACGAGAUUCUAUCAAACAGGAGAAGGACGAGAACGUGGCGUUGAUAUUGAAACAAAAAAAAAAAAAAAAUGAUAAACAUGUGAGAACGUUAAAACAAGCCAAUGACUAUGAGGAUCAGAUAAUUAAUAAGAAAAAUGAUUCCGGCAAUCAGACGCACAUGAUACCUGUAAAGCGAAAAAAGAUGACGAACUUGAAUUACCUAGAACCAAAAAUAAAGAAAACUUUAUUUACGGAAAAACAUUCAGACAAUCUUGAAGGAAAAAUAAAGAAGAGAGCAAAGGCGCACGUGGUAAAGCCGAACUUAAACUUUGAGGAGAAUUUCUCAGAAAUUUUGAGGUCAGACAGAAAUCGUAAUCGGCAAAAUACCAAAAAACAACUGGAGGAAUCGUUCCUCAAAGUCAAGGAAGAAAAAUCAAGAAUAUUGGGUACCGGCAAGGCUCCUGUUAUGACGCUAAAAACAAACGGGAAACGGGAUACGUUUGAAACGCGAUUGGUAAAAGUGAAAAAGAGUCGUAACGAGAAGAAGGAGGUCGUGGACAGAAUGGCUGCGUCUUCUUGCAGUAAAGGAAAGUUUAUUAACAAAGAACGUCGAAAGCGGAAAAACAGAAAACCGAAGCAGGAUGGAGAAAAUGACUCAGAAUGGGGCGUAUCCAAUCCUUUAACAAAAACUGACGUCUUUUUAAGAUCGAGUAAGAUUAAAGAUAACGCCAAAUAUAAGAAGAUUCUAGCUCGUAACAAAGAUUUAGAAUCUCUUGACAGCUUGAAAGAUAUAUUGAGCGAAAGACAACGGGAGGAUAAAUUGAAAGCUGAAAUUGAUGGAGAGAAGCAAAAGAAAUUUACUAUAAACUCAAUGGGCUUGAAUUCAAAGACAGUACUUUCAGAUGAUAGCUGCUCGCGCACCGGCAAUAAAGUAGAUGGGUGUCAGUUAAGAUCAAAGGAUGGUGCACAAGAAGAAACUUCAGCUGGCACAAAAAAACUGACACAAAUUCAAGCAAAGCGGUUUAAGGGGUGGAAGAAAGAAGAUGGCCCAGAAAUCCAUGCUCUGAAUCAAGCUACCGAGCAGACGUUAAAUGACAUCAAUAGGUGGUUAGACGAUGCACCACGGCUUUCAGAAUUCUCGUCAGGCAGCGACUCCCCGGUAUUUCAUCAUGGAACAAGCAACAUUUCUAAAACAAUCACAAAAAUUGAGCCACCCAAAAAACGGCUAUAUCCAAUCAAAUUCUUGGGAUCCCAAGGACCAACACGCCCAAAGAAAGUUCAGCGAACAAUUGAUCGACUACAACCUGGUAAAAGCAAAGGUAAUCUUCUGAAAAAACCUCUGCACUUGUCCGCUAGCAUUAGCGGCGAUUCGUUAGCCAAUCAAUCUGUGGCUGAUCCUAAUAAAGUGAAACGUGAUGGUGUUUAUGAACCAAAACUCAGCCUAGGCACAGUCCUCAAAAAUGCAGACUCGAUCAACUUAAUUUGCAAAAACCUUGUGUCUUCUCCAAACCACAAUAUCAUGGAGGAUGACGAUGGUGAACGUAUAUCAAUGUCAACCACUGUCUCGAUGCAGCAAGGUAAUAAUUCAAUUGAUAAAUCAUCAUCAAGUAAAGACGUUGUGGGUACAAAGCUUGAACUGUCAAUGGAACCACCAGAUGAAAGUAACAUAGGGGUACAAGAGGUUCAAAAACCAAAAUCGGCGACACCAAAUCUCAGUGCUUGGUUCAAGGCUUUUGGUGCUCCAAAGUCCAAAAAAAAGGAAGACGAAAUGGAAGAAAGUGUCAACGUGGAUAUUAAGAAAGAGGUUGAAAGUGAAGUGGCUGAAUCUAGGGGUAUCAGACAAAGACGAAUUAGCACAGGAGGCAGCAGUGUGAGUGAGUCCAUGUCUAGUUUUUCGCAAGAAUCACCACCGGGACACUCCCCACACAAUCAGACUCUGCACGCCCCCAAUGAGACUCCAGUCAGAGGUGCAGGCUUUUACCAAGAUGCUUUGUCCUCAGGCAGCAGCCCCUACAAUAGUCCCUAUUAUGCAACUCCACCGAGGUAUAGUGCUCAACUGCCUCCAACUCCCUCCCCUCAAAAUAAUCCGACAUCUCCAGUCUAUCCCGCUACAACUCCCUACGAGCAUACACCAGCAUUGUAUCCUCAAACAACCUCCCAGUCUUUGCAGCAGGUGUACCCUAAUCAUUCUCCAAUACGAGGUUCAACAGAAUCUUGUCGCCAGUCGUCACCUUCUGCGUAUUCUCAAAGGUCGCCACAAACUCAGCCGUUUCUGCAGUCGUUAACACCUCCAGUACAAAAUACAGUCACUUCCUAUUCUCAUCACACACCCCAACCACCGCAACAGCCCUAUUCGCAAAGUUCUUCAGAAUCACUCGCUAAUUAUUCUCAGACGUCGCCUCAAUCAGCGGCCACUUACUCCCAGCCAUUGCAGCAACAGCCCGUGACUCAGAAUUACUCGCAACCUUCACCCCAGCCACCUGCGAACUACUCUCAACCUUCUCCACAGCCAACAAACUAUACUCAGCCUUCCCCACAGACGCCAGCGGAUUAUUCCCAACCUUCGCCGCAACAAUCUCAGACAUACUCGCAAAAUUCUCCACAACGAGUGCAAACCUACUCACAACCCUCACCCCAAUCUCAGGCAAAUUAUUCACAGCCUUCCUCUCAAAAACCACCCAAUUACUCCCAAUCUUCUUCUCAACAACCCCCUCAGUAUUCUCAGCCUUCCCCUCAGCAAACUUCCAGCCACUCCGAGUCUCAACAACUGCCCAGCUAUUCACAACCAUCACCGCAACAGUUACCCAGUUAUUCCCAAUCAUCGCCUCAACCGCCUCCAAACUAUUCACACCCAUCACCACAACAAACAGUGGCGCAAAAUUUCUUACAAACUUCGCCGCAACACGGCAAUGGAUAUUCUCGACCAUCACCCCAGCAAUCGACAAGCUAUUCGCGAUCAUCUCCGCAGCAGGCGUGUAACUACUCACAAACUGUUUCGACGCAAAACUCAAGCUAUCCACAGAGUGCAGUUACCUCCUUUACGCAAGUUUUUCCAAGGAGCCCAUCAUGCCCUCAGAAUGGAACGCAGGCCUCUUAUGUUCAGCCAUCCCCUGCUACGAGUUUGGUCAGCAAAACUGAUCAGAGAGUGGAACAUCAAAAAACACGGGACGUGAAAUCCAUGGCAGUAGAACAGCAAUCGACUUUUGGUAGUGAAAUCGAAGAACAAAGGAUUAAUCAGCAAGUAUUUCAGCCAAGUGAUCAAUUUUCGGUAGUUUCUUACACUAACAACUAUCAACCAAUAAACUUCGAGAGAAACCUUACUCCAAAUCUUCUCUCUCAUCUACCAGCUACAAGAAUUCCAGAUCAACAACAUCAUGAGCGACAUCCUCUUCCAAGCACCAAUGAUGAACAGAAGAUUCAGAAGCAUGUUCAACCGGUACAGCAACACACCUUUGGAUGCAAAGCAACUACUCCCACAGAGCAGCCACAAAUAGCUCGUGAUCGAUCACAGCUUUUGGACUUUCAACAAAAUCUGACUGGUCAUCCCUCUAUCCCUGAGACCCUCUAUCAAACCCCAACUGGAUUCCAAGUUUCUCCAUAUUCAAUGCCAAAUGCAGGCUGCAGACCCGUCUAUCCUAGUCCACAUUAUUUCGAUGCUAGUGGAAAACCUGUAAACAAUAUUAGUAGUGGAAAUCCAGCACCUACUAAAAAACGAACUUACAAUGAACAGUCCGAUGGGCCACGUAACUUCUCCCAAGAAACACCCCGUGUAAUAGAGCAGUUUGGAUUUGAAACAAUGAUGACAUUGUCUCAACCAGAACCAGUACCUGGAAGCCAGUUUGAUGGAAACUUUAGUUCCCUAGUAGAUUCGAUAACUUCUAAUUCUAACUUUACACGACUAGGUUUAGGACUUAUUGGCAGACCAACUGCGAAGGAACAACAGCAACUUUUGAAUAUUCCCAGACCACCAGCCAAAUCUGAUCAUCUGGUCUAUACAAGAAACAAUGUUACCAGUCCAGACAUUGAGUUGAGUUUGCUGCAGAACUUGAAUGCAUCAAAAAAUCCAGGAAUUGAGUCAGUUAUGCGCAAGACUACCGACAAGGAGGCUGCUUCUUACGAGCAAGUUGUUCCACCACCUGCUGCUCUACACAAAUUGAAAAAAACUCGCAGGACUAAGCAGCAGCAGCAGCAGCAGCCCCGACAACAACAAGAAUUACAACGUGAACAACAACAACAACAACAACAGCAGCUCCACCACCACCACCAUCACCACCACCACCACCACCAACAGCAGCAUGAAAACACAGCUUUGGUUGCAGGUCGUAUUGAUCAACAUAGUUUACACGAAAUUCCCGCCUUUCAUCAAUAUACUGCCGGUGGUGCUGAUCCGAUAAUUCUGAAAAAUUCUUCAGCUGUUACUCCUGGUAGCAAUGCAUUUAAUUUUGCAACAUCAAGUGGUUCGACAAGUGCCGCCCCUUUUUAUGACAAAGGGGCAGCAGCGGCUGCCAUUGCUUUUCUUGACGAAUUUCGAGGUCCUAAUAGUUACUACACAAUGGCAUUACGGCAGCAGCAGCAAGAUCAGCCACACCAACAGAAACAACAACAACAACAACAACAACAGCAGCAGCAGCAGCGACACCACCACCACCAACAACAACAACAACAACAAAAACAACAACAACAAAAACAACAGCAGCAGCAGCACCAGCAACAACAACAGCAGCAGCAGCAGCAGCAGCAGCAGCAGCAGCAGCAGCAGCAGCAGCAGCAGCAGCAGCAGCAGCAGCAGCAAGUGUCCAGUUCAGCCGUAGAACCAGCAUCUGUGAACUCUAGCAAAGUCGUGAGUGGUUCCCGCGACUAUCCACCACCAAAUCCGUUCUUACAUCCGCAACGACCAACGCCUUAUGGUCAUCCGGUUGGAGCCUAUGUCACGCCACAUACGACAAAUUUAGGUGUUGAUCCCGCUGCGUAUCAACAAUAUAUUCAUUCUUUUUAUGCAUUACCGCCACCACCCCAUCAUCAUAGGCCGUCUUGGCUCUAGCUAUUGAAAUUUAGAACAAUCCACAUUCUAAGUUUUGUCUAGAAACAGCAAUGGCAGGUAGACCACUGGGCACGAAUAAGCUUUUGUGAUUUUCAUUGGGUUGCGUUAUGGCCUGCUUCGGGAAAAGUAUGAGGUCAAUGAUUUCAUCAAAUUGCUAGAGUUGCUGCAAGCAUGAGUUAAAGAUUUGAUCUAAUUCAUCAUUAGUAUCUUCUUAUUGUUUUCGCCAAAUUCUGAUUCAUUUUACCGUCACGACCAUGAGUUUUCAAAAACAUAUAGUUGUAUUCUUGAUUGUUUAUGCGCAACUAUUUUUUUUAGUAUCAGACAUGGCUGUGUUACUACUCCGUCUUUAUCUCAAUCUCAGCACCCACAUUACCUCUCUGCUUUCACUAUUGUAGACGUAAUUUGACACAAACACUCAGAUGGUCAGCAUGUCCAGCAGCAUUUUCUACAUUUUGCAUCUCUCAGAUUCCUACCUUAUACAUCAUUUAUGAAUAUAAUCAAUACUAUAUUAUAAGUACAUAGUUAUAUCAUGCUGUACGUAUACAUAUACAUACGGUGCACCUAAUGUUGAAUCUUCAAGUACGUAAAUAUUACACAUAAUAGGUAUAGAACAACAUUUAUAUGUACGUACAUACAUACAUACAUAGUUGGAGUAAAUAAUCUGUACUAUAUUGUAGAAACCUAUCGAUUGUUACACGAAUAGUGUGUACGUACAUACAUCGACUCUUUUGAGCUACAUUACUGUUGUAUAUAACACAUACCUAUAGGUGAUGAUCAUCACGUGUAAUUUCAUCUGUUCAAUACAAAUAAUUGUUGUAAAUUGUAAAUAAAAAAUAAGUAUCAUUUAAA